AUGUCGGGCUACGAGGUCGAACACAACAUCAAAGAGGAGAAAAAGAACGAGGCACCGCCCCGCCGCCCUGAUCUGUCCACCUUCUUUACCACUCUCGAUCUUGUCGACACUAGUGGAGACCGUCACCCUCAGAAUGCGCACUCUCUACCUCUCCCCGGCGACGUCUCAGCAGCCUUCCGCAGUCUCGCAAAUGCCUUCUCCAUGAUGCAGGGUGGUGGCCAUGGUCAAUCGCAAGAAAACACAGAUCAACUGCUAGCUCAAAUGGUCGAGCAGCUGAUGCAAGAGUCUGAGAAUCCUCCCCGGGAAGUCAAGGGUGUCUCGGACGAGUUCCUUGCCCAGCUGGACAGAGUGCCAAAGACGAGCUUGAAGGACAAGGACUGCCCCAUCUGCGGCAACCCUUUCCUUGACGACCCUCACCCGCUUGUCGUUCAGCUGCCCUGCCAUAAAGACCACCUCUUCGAUCUCGAAUGUAUCACUCCUUGGCUCAAACUAAAUCCCACCUGCCCCCUCGACAGAAAAGAGUUGAUCAAGAAGAGGGCACCUACACCACCUCCGGAUGAGGAAGAUGGAGAAUACGAUGACAUGUAUGCAUAA